GAAAGAACGGGAGAAGGAAUCUGUGCGAAUGUGAGCAGGAUUGAGCUGAGUGAGAUGGACAGACAGGCAGUCAUUAGAACAGGAAGCAGAUGUUCCAGACUGGCUGUGGUGUGUGUGCGGCUGCUGUGUGCUCUCCUCCUGACCACCAUCAUAGCCCUAUGCAUGCAACAUUACAUAAGAGGAAGCAGAAGCUCCAGACUGGCUGUGGUGUGUGUGGGGCUGCUGUGUGUUCUCCUGCUGACCACCAACAUAGUGCUGUACAUGUACUAUAGUAAUGUUAAAGAGGAAAAGGACAGUAAGGACCAAACCAUCAUUUCUUUGAGUGUAAACUUCACUGCAGAGAGAGAGACCCUCUUAUCCAGUAUCAGAAACCUGACUGAAGAAAGAGACCAGCUAAAGAGCAGCUACCAGAACCUGACUGAGGAGAGAGACCAUAUAAAUAAAAACCUUACUGAAGAAGGAGGCCAGCAAAUGAAUCCUAAGCACAUUUUGAAUGGUGAGAAGCAUCUUGGAAGACAUUUUAGAAGCAGCUAUUACUACAUCUCUACUGAGCGCAAGACAUGGACAGAAGCCAGGCAGGACUGCAGAGAGAGAGGAGCAGAUCUGGUGAUCAUAAACAGCAGAGAGGAGCAGAAGUUCAUUUACACAGAGGAUCAGUAUGUCUGGAUUGGUCUAAGUGAUACACAUACAGAAGGAGUGUGGAAGUGGGUGGACGGAUCACCACUGACCACUGCAUUCUGGAAUGUUGGUGAACCCAACGAUUAUCACAAAGGGGAGGACUGUGCUGUUUUUCAACCAGAUAAUCCUCCACUGAAGACAUGGAAUGACAUACCCUGCUGUUAUGAGGCAGGCUGGAUCUGUGAAACUACACUGCCAUCCUCAUAGAGACAUUAGAGAGGUGUGGACUCUUGAGACUCGACGAAAUCAAUAAAGACUUGCGACUCGACUUUUUGACGUAAAUCCAAAUGACUUGGAAGAGAAGUGAAGCGUUAGAGUUCAAGUUCGUCAAUACCAUCAAUAAACUCUUGUUCAGCACAUCAACUAACCGUUUUUCUUAUGGUAGCAAAACAAAAGAGCCAAGCUCUCUCUGUCUUACCAGCUUCUGCACUUAAAACAAGUACAACAUUCAUUCGAAGCUGAAGUUGACUUGU